AAUAGACGUUUAUAUUUGUAGGCAGUUGCUUAUUUUAGCCAUUUAGAGCAAAGUAUUCAGGAGUGUUUUCAACAACACGCACUCAUCGGAACUGGCAGUUAAUUAAAACCCUCGCCUUCAAAAUAAGAGUCCCAUCAUCAUCAUCGUGAAAAUAAAAUACCUAAGUACAGUAAGUGCGCCGGAACGCGAUUAGUUAGAGGUGCUUUUGUAAAUAAAAACCACGUGGAAGUUCACUCCACGAAGUACACCCACUCAUGUAUUCCGCGCAAACAACUUUGCGCUUGACUAACUCCCUUCCACCGGACACGUUUUGUGUAGCGUAAAAUUAGCUCCUACCGGUUAGCUUCGCCGUUGCUAUCGCCUGACUGGGAUCAGUCGGCUGCACUUCACAGCUUUACACCACGGGAGAGAGAAGCUGCGGCUGGCGGCUCUGUGGAGGAAGAUGUCUUCACCACCACUUCACUGUAACCAGGACAGUGUGAUGCGGUUCAAGAAGAGGAAAGCCCGCUUCUCUUUCAGCGAGGUCCACAUACUGCUGGACGAAGUGCGGAAGAAUCGGACCAUUGUAGUGGGUAAAUUCAACCGUGGCAUCGCGACGGACCGUAAGAAACGCGUGUGGGCACAGAUCACGGCACGGAUCAAUGAAAUCGGCGAGUGCCAGCGGGAGGUCAUUGAAGUGGUCAAGAAAUGGUCGGACCUGAAGUGCGACACCAAGAGGAAAGUGGCGGCCAUGCGGGCGGGCACCGUGCCCAACAGAGGCGUCAACUCCCGCCUCUCCAGGGACCUCAACCAGACAGAGAAAAUAGUCCUGCAGAUUCUGGAGAUGGCCGACGACGAAGACGACGGGCGGCCCUCGGGCGAUUUUGAACCUCUGGGAGACGACGACGACGUUCCAGACGAGGAGGAAAUGGACGAGGACGAUAUUAUAGCCAUGCAGAGCUCGCCGAAUGGACUAGACAUGGCCUGCAUGCCGCCUCCUUCUUCCUUCACCAGCACUGGACCUGCACACGCUAGCAACAAAGACGACCAACCAAAUCACAGCGGCUCAUCGCGCGACUCAUCGCAGCCUCCAUUUGAUUUUCAGUAUGAGCUUCCGUUCACUGAUGAAGCCCAAGGUACUUUUGCCGACUCAGACGACGACCAAAGAGAGGAAGUUUUUCCCUCCACGCAGCACAAAGCCUCAGGAGAUCACAAGGGCAACAACGGCCUGCACAAGCGGCGGCCGGCGUCUUCGGGACAGUCGAGCGCAGCGGCGGCAACGGCAGCGGCGCCGUCCCUGCAGAGCGUGCGGGACAGUGUGCGGGACAGUGUGCUGCAGCAGGCGCUGCAGAGCCUGCAGGAGCAGCACGCCACCAACAUGCUACUGGAGACGGUGUCGCGCUCGCUGGAGCUGCUGUCCGAGUCGGUGCAGCAGCUGGCUGAGACUCAGCAGGAGUUCGUGCGCGAGUCGCUGCAGAUCCAGAGGGAGACGGUGCAGGUUCUCAGAGACUUCACAGGGGGCGCCAUCGCCCUCAUGCACGACAAACUCAACGGACGCCCGAUGUUAUAGCGGAUUUUGUCACUGACUUUAGGCGCAUGAACCCUGACCCUCCUUCUGACUACUGUACCUUUGUGUGAAAGGUGGGUGGCUCCUUUUGCUACUGAGAUUGAAACUUCUGCCACUUCAUCGUUGGAUUUUUAAGACCCCCGUCACCUUUUAUUGUUACACGCAAAUAUUUAGCCUCCUCUUUUCUAACUCUUCCCUCGUGGUAGCAUUCCCUCGCAUCAGUGUCUGGAGGGUGGACUGUAUGGGUGAGUGCUCCUCUGUACCUGACCAUCAUAUGGUCCUCAGUCCGAAACAUGGACACGUGAUGCUUUAGAAACUGUACAUGACUUUGGUUUGUCUUUUUUAAGUACUGUUCAUGAACGUUUAAAAUGGAAUAAAUCCUUACUGAGAAGUGAUGCUGCAAUCCGAAAUAAAGGUUUGGGCUUUAACUGUUUUAAACGUCUGGGGCGGAGGCCAAAGCUGAGCGAAAAAGCUUUCUGACUGUGACCGGUGUGAUGAUCGCCGCCGCC